ACCUUACCUACUGCUCACUCAGUGCACUCUGUCUGUUCUGUCUGUAAUCAGCAGUUGUUAUUACGCUGCUGAGUGGUGUUUACGUUUUAUUGGUGUUAAAAUUGUUCUGAUUUAAACAUGCCGAAAAAAUUGAAAGUUGUUGUAAAAUCUUUGUAUUCACAUGAAAUUCGUAAAGAUGUGAGUUUGGAUAACUUAAAAUCGUUGAGGCUCGAAGACGCAUGGCCUUUUAUCAGAGACGAAAUUGAGAUUGAAAUCGGUAAUAGUCAAUUGGUUUGCAUCCCGCACAUAACAGAAGCUUUUUUCUACAAAUGCACCUCUCUUUUCGUUCAAAAUGAUAAGAAAAUAAAUGGGAAAAUGUUUACUCCUUUGGGUGAAUUAGUGAAGAAUGUUAAUAAGGAGAAAUCUGAUAGCAACUACGUGAAAUGGUUGGAGGAGGGCAAUUUACUCGACAGUGACUUCAAAUUCCCUCACGAAAGCGUGAAGAUUACGUUACAAGAUGAGAAAAUAAAGAAUAAAGUUAGAGUGAUCAUGGUGAACUUCUCCAAAUGUUCAAUCCCCAAAAGCAAGGACCUUGUCAACAAUAUUUACUUGGAUGUGGAGAAUAACAAAGACUUGAAAGGCAAAAAAUCAGUGUACAUGAUCACCAACGUGCUGAUGGCCAAAACCAUAGAGUUUCGCGUCACGCGCUGCACCUCAUCCAGAAUCUUCCACCUCGGGAACGCUUCGCCUCUUGUCUUUGGUUUGGAGGAGUUCAUGAUUGGAGAAGACGGGAAGUUGAUAGCUAAGGAACCGGUUGGCAUUGUGUCUAAAUCUCUUCACUGGCAAAAAGUGGACCCAUCGGACCAUCUGUAUAACCCUGCCGGCGACGAAGCAUGUGUAGCUUAAACAUUUUAUUCACACAUUGGGGCACGCUUAUUUUGUUAGGUAAUUCUAACAAAUCAGCUUUGGUGUGAGCUGAUAGGUACUUUAAGUUGCACUCUUACAGACUAUUUUACUUUGGCAAGAUGUGGUAGCCAUUGUGCCAGAAAUAGUAAAGACCUAAACGAGAUGAACGGCUCAUUAAAUGAGCUAAAAAAAGUUCUACAUUAAGCGCUUAUCUUACACGUGAUUUAAAUUAUCGUAGUUAUUCGCUAAUCACAUUUGUAUAAAAAUUUACCUAUUGGUAUGGUUCAUAAAUUAAAUUUAUUAGAUCAAAACCUAAUAGGUAUUUUGAAUGUAUGGAAAAAAAUAUUGGCACUAAUGGACAUUUAGUUAUCGGACGGAUGCGGCAUGCGUUAGACUAUAAUCGUCGCUUGCGCAUCCGGUUCCAUGGUGUAAUGGUUAGCACUCUGGACUUUGAAUCCAGCGAUCCGAGUUCAAAUCUCGGUGGAACCUAAUUUUUUUUAUACAUCACAUCUUAUUUUUCAAGUGAGUAAAAAUGACUAAAUCUUUUUUUAUUUCUUUGAACGUGAUAAGUUUAGCAUUUUUGAUUUACUUGUGAAUUGUAUUCAAUAUUACUCUGCAAUAUAGCGCAACGCAAUGUAAAAAGCAAUCAGUUGCUAAAAUGUAAUGGGUAGUAGUAAUAUUUUAUGAUAACAACUAUGAAGAUAUGGGCGAGGUCACUACUAUGACCUUGCUAAGUAUACUAUAUCACUAUAUGUGGCUUAGAUUAGUGCUGUGUAAAUGAACUAAUCCUGACAUAGUUUACCUUGACUAUUAGACGACAGGAAUUAAAUUUUUAUGUAAACAUACAUACUCUAGAUUUAUCGUCAAAGACAAGGCACAUGAUGUACUUAGAUUCAACUAAAACAUUCAGAAGAUUACAGUGUUAGAAAAAUGUGUUAUUAAUGUUAUAUUAGCAAUAGUAUAAUAACGUUACAAAGUUAUGACAAAUGUAAAGCCCACCAGUAAUCAAUUGCAAUUUUAAUCUAAUUACCUAGACCAAAUCUUAGGAUUCUUAUAGAAUUAGGAAGGGGUAACAAUAUGCGGUAUAGUAGACCAUAUGUAUGGAAUAUAGUGUUAUUUUAAAUAUAGUAGAAGUAUUAAUAUGUGGCCUACUAUGCUAUGUAUUAAAAUUUUAGGUCUCAUUAUUUUAUUUAGGUUACCUUAAUAUUUGAUUGACAUAUCUCUGCAUACGUAUUUGUCAAAAAUAUACAUUCCAAUUUUCAGAUGUUUUCACUCAAUAGUAUAUAUAUAAUAGAACCACAGUAUACAAAUAAUUCAAACUAGACAAAUCAAAAUGUAGGUAUCAGGAAUAUUUAAUUUACAUAAAAUAAGAUUUUAAUUUACAUUGACAUGUAUGUGUAUUUUUAUGUGAUUGUGAUUAUAUAUAUUGUGAUUUGUUUCAUUAUUAGACAAUUUUUACAUUGAUUGGCAAUUAUUUUCUUAAUUUAUUUAGGAUUAAAUGUGUGUUAAAGGAG